AUGCCCGGAAAGGGGGCUGAUGGCCAAAUUUGCCUUUCCGUGGUCCAGCGGUCAGGUGACGGUGUCGCGGCGCCGCCCGUCUGGAUGUUCAAGCUCUGGUUCCGAGGGAGUCGUGUCCGCUGCAGGGAUCACGAUCCUCAUCCUGCGAUUCUUCUGGCCCUUGACGGCUUUGCCGCCUGGCUGCAGGGGGCGCAGGGGCUUCAGGUGAUGCCGCGUGUGGCCACUGGAUUCAUCUCCUUCCUGUCGCUGCAGGUCUUCAGGACCCUGGCGUAUUCCUUGAUCCCCAAACAGACGUCCGCGCUUCUCUGGAUGGACGUCACCAUGUUCGAGGUCACGGUGAUCAUGUUCGCCAGCGUGCUGGAGAACGUUCUGGCGCAGGCCAUGCGCGCCACGGUGUCGACCUACUCGGCCCGCUUUGUGGACGACGUCUCCCGCAUUAGCUUCCCUCUCGUAGGGGUCGUGGUGCUCACGGUGCUCUUCGUCAUGGGUGCUGCAAACGUUGAGACGACGUGGAUCAUGACCGUCAGCCUCCUCAUCACUACGGGCUGGCUGGUUGGCUACGCGGCCGCCGUAUACGUGUAUGUGCGAUACCUCCCGCACCGGCUGAUGAACAUCCUGAUCAGGCAGAUCUCCUCCUCCGACUUCCGCUACCAGAAGGCCAUGGUCCUGGACCAGAAGGAGCUUGCGAUGAUCUUCCGCGCCUUCGACGAGGACGGCACAGGGGAUCUCAGCGCGGAGGAGGUCCUCGAGAGCUUCGAGCACCGUGGCCUCAGCUUUAAGGACGCGGACGACGAGCAGAACUUCAAGACCCGAUUGAAGCUGAUGUUCCGACAGAAGGCUGGCAACAGGCUGGACCUGAAUGCAUUUUGCCACCACUUCGGCGAGCUCUUCAGGUACCACGCUGCUGCCGACCCGUCGGAGGCGGACUCCGGGGAGGUCAGGGAAGCCCAGUUCGACGAGGAACAGUCCGUUCGGAGCACCACCGACCUUCACGUCUGA